AUGAACGAAGGAGGAGUCCUCCGGAGAUCGAUUGACCAUCCCUUACUACAUGCGAUUUCUUGUCUGUCGACCGCCACUGUCGCUGUUGUUUUUGGGGCUGUCGACGAUGGGAGAACGAACACAAAGAGUCACCGAGCCAAAACACCCCUUUCAUUCGUCAUUGUGGUUUUAAAAAGGGAUGGAAAAAAUCUACUCAUCUUUUGCAGAGGAAUCGAUCGAAGAAGACGAUGCUGGUGGGAAAUUCCUUUAUUGGGUUCAACUUUGUGUUCUUUAAUGUUGACACAUGAUGUUAUGAUAUGGAGGAAUGGAAAAAAGAUGUUUUCUACCAACAAGUUAAGAACAUGUACCACCUAAGUGAUCCAAAACUCCACUUGAUGUGAGACGGUGCAAGAACAAUACAUCGUGUGCAUGCUUGUUUGAGGAAUGUUAUAUUAUUCCUUAAGAAUUUAUUUUAUUUCUUUCAUGUAUUAUUCUCAAAG